UGGCUUCGAUGCCCUUGACCGACAUGGCGGACAUUUGUGCCCGCCCCCUUUGUUUUCUCCCAUAGAGCAUCGCUGCAGCUCCAGAGUGUCGGGUGAGAGGGCUGCAGGAUGAUGACUGUUUCCAGCACUCUGCGCAGCCUGCUGAUGCAGCAGCUGAGAGGUACUACCCAGCUGUACGGCAACGUCAGCCUUCGCUCUCUGAGCGCUUCUGCACAAGAGGCCCGCAAGAGAGCCCCUGAGGUGUCUUCAGACCACAAUUAUGAAUCGAUUCAAGUGACAUCGGCCCAGAAGCAUGUUCUCCACGUACAACUCAGCCGGCCAGAGAAGAGGAAUGCCAUGAACCGGGCUUUCUGGAGGGAGUUGGUGGAAUGCUUCCAGAAGAUAUCAGAAGACUCCGACUGUCGGGCUGUUGUAAUCUCUGGUGCAGGGAAGAUGUUCACUUCAGGCAUUGAUGUCGUGGACAUGGCAAGCCUCCUGCAGCCCCCAGGAGAUGAUGUGGCGCGCAUGGCCUGGUACCUCCGUGACCUCAUCAGCAGAUACCAGAAAACCUUCACUGUCAUUGAGAAGUGCCCCAAGCCAGUGAUUGCUGCCAUUCACGGAGGCUGCGUUGGUGCAGGUGUGGACCUCAUCUCUGCCUGUGACAUUCGCUACUGUGCCCAGGAUGCUUUCUUCCAGGUCAAGGAGGUGGAUAUCGGUCUGGCUGCCGAUGUGGGAACCCUGCAGCGGCUGCCCAAGGUCAUCGGGAACCAGAGCCUGGUCAAUGAGCUGACCUUCACCGCCCGGAAGAUGAUGGCUGACGAGGCGCUGGACAGUGGACUGGUCAGCCGCGUGUUCCCAGAUAAGGACGUCAUGUUGAAUGCAGCCUUUGCCCUGGCAGCUGAGAUUUCCAGCAAGAGCCCCGUGGCUGUGCAGGGGUCAAAAAUUAACCUAAUCUACUCCCGAGACCAUUCUGUGGACGAGAGCCUUGACUACAUGGCCACCUGGAACAUGAGCAUGCUGCAGACCCAGGACAUCAUCAAGUCGGUCCAGGCAGCCAUGGAGAAGAAGGACACAAAAAGUGUCACCUUCUCCAAGCUCUGAGCGCCUUCCUGAUCCUGAGAGAGGAAGGCUCCAUGGAGAGUCGGGAUGGUUCCCUCAGUGCCUUCCUCCACGGGGUCUCCCAGUGUAGAACUUUAUGACUUAGUUUUUCAGUCCCAGGCCUUAUCUUCACUGUGAACAAUAAAAUUUAAACACA